AUGGCGGAGACCUCCGUCCACGGCGCUGUCCGCCGCCGAUCCUCCGGCGACCGGCCGAAUCGCCACAAACGAAGGCGGCCUCCUCCUCCUUCGAGCGACCUCAUCAGCGCCUUGCCGGACGCCGUGAUCCACCACAUCUUCUCAUUCCUGCCCCUCAAGGACGUCGUCAAGACCAGCGUCCUCUCCAAGCGCUGGCGGUCCACUUGGACCACCACCACCCACCUCGACUUCCGUUACCUCCGGCCUCGCGAUCACAAGCGCUGGCCGUCCCUCAUCGAGAGCCUCAUGCGCCGGUGCGCCUCGCCACAGCCCCAAGGUCGACGACUGGCUCCGCUUCGCGGAGGAGCGCCGUGUGGAGGAUCUUUUCCUGCAUCUUUUAACCCGCUGAAGGGCUUUUAUAAACUGCCGGAGUUCUUGUAUCGCUUGAGUCGGUUGGUGCGCCUGCAAGUCGUUAACUGCCGUUUUUCGUUGGGUACUACUAUUAGGUGGCCUUGUCUUAAGGUCUUGGUGAUAGGAUCGAAGUUGAGUGAUGAUAUCCUGGAGGGAAUUGUCAGGGGAAGUCCUGUUUUAGAGUCCCUUGAGUUGCGCUGCUGGGGUGUGAAGAACAUCAUAAUAGAUUCGAGAAGUGUGAAAGAGUUGGUAAUUCACUUCCCCACGUUCGAUAACAUGGGUAAAAUUUGGGCGCCGCAUUUGCUGUCGCUGCGGGUAUCAGGGGUGUGGGAUUCUUAUUCCAUGUUCAGACUUGCCAAGAUAUCUUCUUUGGUGGAAGCCAAGUUAGAUUUUUUUAUGUGUGGUGACAAGAGGACGCACCGUGACUUGUUAAAGGAAUUUUUUGAGAAGCUGCGCGGAGUGUCUACAAUCACCAUCGGAGGUUGGUGUUUGCAGGGUCUGUCCCUUUUGGAGGUGGAUGGAGUGCCAUCUCCAUUGUCAAAAUGUCAAAAUUUGACACUACAUGCACUGGUUAGUCAAUGGGACCUUCCUGGGAUAGCAUACCUGCUACAAAGUUCACAGUGCCUGGAAAAAUUAGUCAUACACCUGACUGGGACUGGGAGAUUCGUGGUUUGGCUUGAUGAAGAAUCUAAAGAUCGUUUUAACUUUGACGAAGAAGAAUUUUUGUGCUCAAGGAAGGGGAACUUAGAAUGUUUGGCGAAACAUCUCAGAAGAGUUGAGAUCAUUGGCUAUGAAGCUAAUAGUUUUGAGUCGAAACAUCUGCUUGCCCUGAUUAAGUUUCUUCUUGGGAAUGCACUUGUGCUGAAGAAGUUGAUUAUCAAGGCUGAAUUGCCCACACGACGUGGACAAAAACGUCUUCAGGCCACUGUUCUUUCGAAAUUACUUGGUGUGAGCCAAAAUGUGCUUAGCUAUCAAAGAGCUUCCAAAAAUGCUGAAAUUAUAUUUGAUCAUCCUUUUAAAGAGUAUGAAAACCCCGGUUUGUAAACUUGAAUGAGCACUUCAUUGCUCAUUCUCCACUUCUCAUUCUGAUUCACAUAUUUUUGACAGUAAAGUUACUUGGGACCUUGAAACUUUCCCGGUUUUGCAAUCUACCUAAUUUACACUUCUUUCAAGUUGA